AUGUACACGGAGGCAACCAAUCAACGUCAAGGUGAUGUAGCAAGAUUGAUCUCACCACCGUUCGUCCCUGACCAGAGCACUCAGACAGUUUGCUGGAGGUUCUACUAUCACAUGUUUGGAGACGAGAUGGGAACCCUACGGGUGAAGGUAUUUGGUGAUCCAAACAUACUUUGGUCUAUGAGCAGCAACUUUGGCGAUCAGUGGUUCCUGGGAGAGGUUGAGCACACCAGUCAGACUGCCUACCAGAUGGUCUUUGAAGGGGAGAUCGGCAUCGGGGAUCGUAGCGACAUGGCCAUUGAUCACAUCUCCAAAAUUGCUGGACCCUGUCCCGCCCAAGGAAGUUGCGACUUUGAGCGUGAUACGUGCACUUGGAGCAACCGGCAGGAUGACUUGUUUGACUGGGUGCGGUUGAACAGUGGCACAGCCAGUCAGUAUACAGGACCCAGCGCCGACCACACCUGUGGAGUCUCCGGAUUUUGCGCUCCUGGUUUUUUCCUGUACAUCGAGACUUCAUCACCACGUGUGCCCGGUGACUACGCCCGUCUCGCCAGCAGCUUCCUGACUCCGGGCCAAGAUUUCUGCAUGACGUUCUGGUAUCAUAUGUACGGCGUGGACAUUGGCGAGCUUCUUGUACUCAAAUCCACCUUGUCUAGCGAGGCAGUCAUCUGGUUUCUGUCCGGUCAGCAGAGCACCAACUCAACAGAUUGGAAGUACGGUCAGGUCGGAGUGACAGACUCAAACCCUUUUCAGGUGAUGUUUGAAGGUGUCGUGGGCAAGUCCUUUGCAGGCGAUAUCGCGAUUGAUGAUGUACUAUUUCUUCCUGGACUCUGUAAUGCUUUCCCAACCAUUGCCGACCCGACCCAAUACGGCUUCAAUGCGACGUGUGACUUUGAGGCUUCCCUCUGCUCCUGGCAACAAGCCAGAGACGACCAAUUUGAUUGGACGCGCUACCAGGGAAGCACGCCCUCUGUUGACACAGGACCAAGCGGGGACCACACAACUGGUUCAGGUUACUACAUCUACACGGAGGCUUCGUCUCCCCGGUUGGCCCUAGAGAGGGCCCGCAUCACCACCCGCACCCUCAACCCGACCAGUCUCCUUGGCAACUGCCUCUCCUUCUGGUACCACAUGACGGGCAGUUCCAUGGGAACGCUCAAUCUGUUCAUGACGUCAUUGGCCAACGGCACGGACACGACACUGUGGUCCAAGACAAGAGAGCAGGACGGCGAUUGGCUGCUUGGCCAGAGAACAAUUCGAAGUGACCAAGCUUUCACUAUUACCUUUGAGGGAAUAAUCGGUUCCAAUUUCUACAGCGACAUUGCUCUUGACGACAUCAUAUACACUCAGGGUCCCUGCCCACCACCACGUGAGUGCGACUUCGAGCUUGAUUUCUGCGAAUGGGAGCAGGUGUCUUCCAUCGAUGACUUUGAUUGGACAAGACCGAGGGGUGUUGAUAUUCACCCGGGCCAAGGCACCAGGCUGCCUGACAAAACAACUGGAUCUUCCACAGGUCAUUUUGCCUACAUUGACGAGACCGCACGGCAAGCUGGUGACACCGCCACUCUUGUCAACCCCAACUUUCCUGCGAUUCCCGACGGCGAGUGCCUACGUUUCUGGUACUACGUGCAUGGGAUUGGCGUGGGGUCUCUCAAAGUCUUCCAGUACUUCCCCAACACAACGAGUCUGGGAGCCAGAAUGUGGGGGAAGAGCGGUGACCAGGGAGACCAGUGGAGACUGGGAAGGGUCACCCUCCAGGCAAAUUUGCCGUUUUUGGCUGCGUUUGUGGGCACUGUUGGCAGCACCGGUCAAGGCGAUGUGGCCAUCGACGAUGUAGAAGUGACCAUCGGUCCGUGCCCUCUGGCCGGCUACUGUGACUUUGAAGACGGCUUCUGCUCCUGGACCAACGAAGGGACGCUGGACGACCUGGACUUUGUGAGAGGCAGCGGCACGACAGACUCCUUGGAGACAGGACCAUCCUUUGACCACACCAAAGGAACAACAGAAGGUCACUACGUCUUCCUGGAGACCAGCGGUUUCCUCGUCGGUCAGGAGGCAUGGCUAGUCAGCGAGCACCUUGAUGCCACACAGGGAGAUUGUUUCAUGCUGUGGUAUCACAUGUAUGGACAGGGUGUCAAGCAGCUCGACGUGUACCAGCAGGACCCAGACACGCAGAACAAGAUCUUGCUGCAGUCCGUGAUUGGUAACCAGGGAGAUGCUUGGUACGAACUAGCCAUCAACGUGACAAGCCCCCUGCAGCCCUAUCAGAUGGUAAUUGUUGGGGUUGUUGGCUUCAACUACACCAGUGAUAUCGCCGUAGAUGACAUCUCUGUUCAGCCCGGCUUCUGUGGAGUUCCCUCUCCCUACGACUGCAACUUUGAGCAAGGCCUGUGCUCUUACACCCAAUCCCAAGACGACGAUUUUGAUUGGACGAGAUCUCAGGGCUCCACCUCCUCCGUGGACACGGGGCCGUCUUCCGAUCACACCACAGACACUGCCCAGGGCUGGUACCUAUACAUCGAGACCUCCUCUCCCCGGGUUCAGAACGACCGGGCGCGCCUGGAGAGCAACCUCAUUGCCAGGAACCGCCCAGUCUGCGUGGAGUUCUGGUAUCACAUGUACGGUGCCGACAUAGACACACUAAACGUGUUUGUGCGUCCAAAUGGGACCAGCCUAGGCCAACCCCUUUGGUCAAAAUCUGGGACAUUGGAUGACCAGUGGUACUUAGGCCAGUUUCCCGUGUCAAACUCCGGACCUUAUCAGAUUAUAUAUGAGGGUAUAGUUGGAGGGAGUUACCAGGCUGACAUAGCUAUUGAUGACCUGGCUCUGUAUGAUGGUGAAUGCAAAGGGGCGGCUGUCUGCACCUUCCAGGAGGACAGCGUAUGCGGCUACCAGCAAGACACAACCGAUGACUUUGAUUGGACGCAGCUCAGCGGGCCCACUCCAAGCCAAAACACGGGACCAACCUCUGACGCCACCUACGGCACGGCUUACGGUCGAUACAUGUAUGCCGAGGCCACUGGUCAGUCGGCCGGAGACGUUUCUCGUCUCCUCAGUCCCGUCUUCACCCCUGGUGCUGGCGUGACUGACGUCUGCUGGAAGUUCUCCUAUCACAUGUUUGGCCCGGACAUGGGAACGCUGGCAUUCUGGCCCAACGGUGACUCAAACCCAAGCUGGUCGGUCUCGGGCGACAAUGGCAACCAGUGGGUUACGGCCCAGGUCAAUAUUCAAAGGUCGUCGCCCUAUCGAGUGGUCUUCCAGGCCACCAGGGGAAAUGGAGAGCUCUCGGAUGUUGCCAUCGACGAUGUGAAUUAUGUUCCUUCUGCCUGCCAGGUUGGAGGUAGCUGCAACUUUGAGGAUGAUAUCUGUACCUGGCGGCAUUCACUUGACGGGGUUUUCCAAUGGCUGAGAUCACGAGGCAUCACACCCAGUACUUUGACAGGACCGUCAGUCGACCACACCACCUCAUCUGGACUUGGAUAUUACAUCUACACGGAAGCAAGUUCUCCGCGUGUUGUGGGUGAUAACGCCAUCUUAGAAAGUCAGGUUUAUAGCCCAACAGAUCCUAGCUCCGGGACAUGCUUCACAUUCUGGUAUAACAUGUAUGGCUUGAACAUUGGUGACCUCGUCAUGUAUCAGGUUAAAGAUCUUGGAGGGUCCCGCACUGCAACAGUACUUUGGACACUAAUUGGUCAACAGAGCACCAGCGAACUAGAUUGGAGGUAUGGGCAGUUCCCAGUUACCAGUGAUGAAGACUACCAGAUUUUGAUUGAAGGAAUCAUUGGUGCCGACUAUACCGGAGACAUUGCAGUUGAUGACAUCCUGAUAACUAAUGGUACCUGCACAAUCCAGUUUAUUGGUGUUUUUGAAUAG